GUGACAUCACAGGAUUGCCCAAACUCUUGGGACUGCCAAGCAGAAAAGACAAGAGCAUGAGAUUCUAAUCCGGAGAGUGCUGUUGUACAGAAAGGCAGCCAAAGCCAUUACCAGAGCCCACUCGGGUCAUAGAGGCUUUCAGGACUUAACAACUAUGGACGGCUUGCCCUGGUGGUUGCUCUUGCUACUGCCGCUGCUGGAUAUCUCUGCAGCCACGACAGAGCCCUGCGAGUUGGACGGUGACGAUAUCCACUGCGCCUGCAACUUUUCGGAUCCGCAACCCGACUGGUCCAGCGCCUUCCAGUGUGUAAGUGCGGUCAAUGUGGAGAUCCGUGGCGGCGGCCGCAACCUGGAACAUUUUCUGAAGCGUGUGGACAUCGACGCAGACCCGCGGCAGUACAUUGACAUGGUCAAGGCUCUACGUUUGCGGCGACUCACGAUUGGAGCUGCUCGGGUUCCUGCCGUACUGCUGUUCGGCUCCCUGCGUGUGCUAGGGUAUUCCCGCCUCAAGGAACUAACACUAGAGGAUCUAGAAGUAACAGGCACCACGCCGCCGCUUCCUGGAGGAGGCCCAGUGCUAGGGCUUUCCGCCUUGCGCCUUCGCAAUGUGUCAUGGACAACAGGAGGUGCCUGGCUCGUAGAACUGCAGCGCUGGCUCAAGCCGGGCCUCAAGGUAUUGAAUAUUGCCCAAGCACACUCGCUUGAUUUUUCUUGCGACCAGAUCCUCACUUUCUCGGCUCUUACGACCCUAGACCUGUCUGACAAUCCUGGACUGGGCAAACGCGGACUGAUUGCAGCCCUCUGUCCGCACAAGUUCCCGGCCCUCCAGGAUCUAGCGCUACGCAACGCCGGAAUACAAACGCCCAACGACGUGUGCUCUGCUCUGGCUACUGCUGGUGUGCAGCCGCACCGCCUAGACCUCAGCCACAACUCAAUGCUCGCUACUGCAAAACCCGCAAAUCCUGGAUGUGUCUGGCCUAGCGCGCUAAACGCCCUAGAUCUGUCAUUUGCUGGGCUGGAGCAAGUGCCUAAGGGACUGCCGGCCAAGCUCAGCAUGCUCAAUCUCAGCUGCAACCGGCUGAAUAGGGAGCCGCGUCCAGACGAGUUGCCCAAGGUGGGUAACCUAUCACUGGACGGAAAUCCCUUCCUAGUCUCGGGAAACUCCAACCCCAGGAGCACUGUCCCCUCUGGCGUGGUCCCAGCCUGUGCGCAUUCACCUUUGGCGGUGGGAAUGUCAGGAACACUGGCUCUGCUCCAAGGGGCUAGGAGCUUUGCCUAAGGCCCCAGACAAAAUAAUCAAUAGGCUUAGAUUGCCCUGACUUAGGGGAGCCCCAUCAGGAGGAUCACUCAGCAUUUCUUGACCAACCAACCCUCUGCCUCACCUUCAUUAAAAUCUUAAAGAAUGGACCAAUGUAAUUCACUCAUCAGACCUUUUACUGGGUGUCUGCUAUGUGCUGGGCUCAGGGCUGAAUGCAGAAUCCAUCAUACCUUUUCUUCAUCCUAACCCCCCUAGAAGCCUGGCCUACCCUCCCAAGAAAAGAACUUCAGGGGCAGAAAGGACAGCAAAAUGUUGCCUGGCUAGGGCAGUGUGGGAGAAAUAGUGAAAGCUUGUGUAGUCAGGACUUUCUGAGCAGAUUACUGGCACUUGGGUUAAUUGAUGUUUGAUGGUAAACAUACCGUGGAAGAUACAGGAUGUUUCCUUUUCCAUGCACUGUCCAAAAAUCAAAGGUGAUAAAAUUCAGAGUCAGCUGGGCAGGGUGGAAAAGGCCUGUAGUCUCAGGAACUCAGGAGGCUGAGGCAAAGAAUCACAAGUUCAAAGCCAGCCUCAGCAAGUUAGCAAGACCCUAAGCAACUUAGUGAGACCCUGUCUCAAAAUAAAAAAUAGAAAGGGCUGGAGAUGUGGCUCAGAAGUUAAGAGCCCCAGUACCAAAACAAACAAACAGUCAUUUGCUUCUCUCGCUUGCUUCCUCACUAAUUCCCCAAUAGAGGGGCAGAAGUGCGUAAGUGCGUUCCUGUCCUAUAUAAACUCUGAAUUUCAUCAUUGCAGGGGUUCUCUCCAUGGUGUAAAACUCCUUUGUCCCCACAGGUAUAGUAGUCUUCACUAUGUCACUCCCCAAGUAAGGGGUAAUAUAUUUUCCUUUUUUAAAAAAUUUGUCCUUCUUAGAUAUACAUGAGUAAGGAGUAAACAGGGAAACAUGGAUACGAGAUACAAUCUAUCUCUGAACCAGAGAUCUGUUCUGUUGGUAUCUAUGUGGAUAACCUGUUUAGGGGUUAGUUAUCAGAUCCUUCACAACUUCCGAAUAAACAGGAUAUACCCUCUAAACCACAUGAACUCAGAGACCUAGAAUGUCAGCCAUCAAAAAGGUCUGUUCCUUUUGAAUUCCUUUCUCAUUACAAGGACGAGGCAGUGACAUCUAUCAAAGAGUUAAUACAUACUGGAGGGAGGGUAAGGUACAGGGAUGGGGAGACAUACAGUCCAGUGCUCCUGCCUGCGUUAGACCAGUGUCCAGAACCUCAUAGAUGAGAAUGGGAAGAUUAGCACUGGUGGGAAAGUUGUAGAGGUCAGAAGAACUAGACUCAAAGGAUAGCAAAAUACAGCAAAAUUUGCUGGAAACCUACUCGAGUGUCCUCAAGGACCAUCUACCUGCCUACUGGAAAAUUUCUAGUAUAAGAGUUAAUCAUCCCAAGACAUUUUUUACAUUUGAAUAGCUCUGAUCAUACUCAAAUAGUUACAGAGCCCCUGUUCCACUUCAGGCCCUAUGUUAAACCUUGGUAUACAGACCAACUAGAAACACAUAUGCCUUCAGGGAAUUUUCUCAACCCAGUAAGGGAGGCAAACACAUAAGUUAGUUGUAAUUCAAGGAGAAGGAGGAAUCAUCUCCAUAAGAAGAGGUGGUUUAGGAAGGAUUUGAGGAAGAUAAAACAUGUAAUAUGUUUUUUUGUUUGUUUGUUUGUUUUUGGUGACAUGACUAUCACUUCCUCAAGAAGAACUUCCAAGGCAAAAAUAGGCAGCUUGUUCUAAGGCUCAGAAAUCUGAAAGCAGAUAAUCAUAACUGGGAAUUGCACCUGCUUAGGUAGGACUGGAGAUCAUUUUGAUGGAAUCUGGAAAUGUUUAUUUAUUCAGUGCCCUUUAUGUGUCAGGCACUAUGCUAAACCCUGGGAAUAUAGUAGGAAUAAAGCAGAUGUUCCUUCUCAUGUGGAGUUCCGAUUCUAGUUGUAUGGUGGGUAUUAUAGACUGAAUGUUUAUGUUCCUGCAAAAUUCAUAUGUUCAAGCCUUAACCCCCAGACUGGCAGUAUUUGGAGAUGGGGCUUCCAAGGAGGUAAUUAGGUUAAUCCUAAAGGUGGACCCUGUUGGCAGAAUAUGCCCUUAUAAGAAGAAACACACAGGGUACACGCUCCCUCUCUCUUUCCCCAUAUAUGCACCAAGAAAAGAUCAUGUGAGGACAUAGUGAGGUGACCAUCUACAAGGCAGGAAGCAAGUCCUCACCAUAAACCAACAAUGUUGGCCCUUGAUUUUGGAUUUCUAGUCUCCUGAACUGAGAAAAUAAAUACCUGUAGUUUAAGUUACCCAGUCUAUGGUAUUUUGUGAUAGCCUGAAUUGUCUACCAGUGGAUUUUCAGGGAAGUCCUUUCUGAUAAGGAAUAUUUAAACAGAAAUCUGGGUGAACUGGAAGUGAAACUUAAGGAUAACAUGGGGAAUAUCAUUCAGGCAGAAAAAAUUCAAAAUGCAAAGAUCCUGAGAUCUUUGGGAUGUUAAAGGAAACAGCAAGAAUACCAGUGUGGCUGCAGUGACAUAAUCAAAGUUGGGGAUGGGUAAGAGAUAAGGUCAGAGAGAUAGCAGGGACCAGGUCAUGUAAGGCCUUGUAAAAGAAUGCUACACAGGGGUUUUGGCUUAGUGAUAGAGCACUUGCCUGGCACAUGUGAGACACUGGGUUUGAUUCUCAGCACCACAUAUAAAUAAAUAAAUAAAGGUCCAAAAAAUAAAAAAGAAUGCUCCUCAAAAUAUGGUCCAAGGCAAGUUGCUAUUACUUUACUCCUCUUGUAUUUCCAGGACUUAGUAUGGGCACUUGAAUGAAUUAAUAUCUACAGCUUCCAUCAAUAUGAUCUUCAGCCCUUGUUAUUACUGCAUUACAAGAAGUACAAAGGCCAAGAAAAAUGUGUGUGUGUGUGUGUGUGUGUGUGUGUGUGUUUUGCUGGGGAUUGAACCCAGAUCCUUGCACACACUAGGCAAACAUCCCACCAUG